UUGUUAGUGUGACGCGUCGAGACGCGCGAGCUGUGAGGAGGAGCAGGUGAUCAGUUACUAUGGCAGCUCCCACUGCAUUAACAGUAAAUUAUAUUAGAAUACAGACUUUAACAUCAUAUUUUCAGCAUUGUCGGCGAUCAAAACGAUGGAUUAACCUGAAAACAGUCAACCGGAGAAGCCCUUUUUGUCAGUCACUGAAAAGAUAUGUUGCCACUGUGGUCUCAGGGACAGAACUUGCUCGGCAUAUCCAUAAAGAAAUCCAGAGUGAUAUAGCAAAACUAGUGGCCCAAGGCAACAGGAGACCCCAUCUGAGUGUUAUCCUGGUGGGAAAUGAUCACGCCAGCCACACUUAUGUGAGAAACAAAACCCGGACGGCUUCACUGCUUGGCAUGUCAAGCAGUACAAUCUCCAGGCCAUCAUCAGUAUCUCAGGAUGAGAUGUUGGAAUUGAUUGACAAAUUCAACAGAGAAAAAAGCAUCAGUGGGUUGCUGGUUCAACUCCCUCUUCCAGAGCACAUCAACGAGAGAGCCAUAUGCAAUGCUGUUGCCCCUGAAAAGGAUGUUGAUGGAUUCCACAUAGUAAACAUUGGGAAACUCUGCUUGGACCAGAGGUGCAUGGUGCCAGCCACAGCAGCGGCAGUGUGGGAAAUCAUCAGAAGAACGGGCAUUGAAACAGUUGGAAGAAAUGUGCUUGUUGUUGGACGCUCCAAGAAUGUAGGAAUGCCUAUUGCAAUGCUUCUGCAUUCGGAUAGAAACCAUGAACGGCCGGGAGGUGAUGCCACAGUUAUCAUGGCUCACAGAUGCACUCCUCUACCACGACUGAAGGAACUUGCCAGUCUGGCUGACAUUGUGAUUGCGGCUGCAGGUGUUCCUCACUUAAUAACGGCAGAUAUGGUAAAAGAAGGAGCUGCGGUUAUUGAUGUUGGCAUCAACCGCAUGCAGGACCCUGUCACUGGUAAACUUCGUCUUGUUGGGGAUGUGGAUUUUGAAGCUGUGAAGGAGAAGGCUGGAUUCAUCACUCCUGUGCCUGGAGGAGUCGGCCCAAUGACCAUAGCCAUGGUGAUGAAAAACACAGUCACAGCUGCCAAAAACGCCCCAACAUACUGAGCACACACAAAACCUAUCAUAGGUGGACAAGAUGCAAGCACUUCACCGUCUAGAUACUUUAAUUGGCACUAUUUGUCCAUGUCUUGAUUAUAAACACAAGCCCCUGCAAGCUUCCCCUACAACUUCCUUCCCUACCCAUCCGCAAGCUGUAACAGGCUCUUCUAGCUGGCUCGGCAGCCAUGCAUGUCUAUGACACGAACUACACCCUAAUUCUUUUCUUACCUCUGGAAAGAUUAGAGAGAUGCCUCCUCGCCGUUCCCCUUGCUACAGUGUUAUUAUUUUGCCGAGAAAAAUGGGUUUUAUCGUGCUUGUGUAAUAUUACCUCCCCGACUAUGCAUCAGUGGAGACGGAUGUCUUUUAGAGUUUUGGUAGCACUUGAUCGGCUGCUCAACAGGUGGCCUCAUGGCAGGGUAAUAGAUGGUUCUCAGAUAUCCCACAGAUGAAUCUGUCCACACUGAGGGAGACGUGGGGUAUUAAAGGAUAUUAACACGUUUUCUCAGGAAAUUAUUUUAACAAUGUCAUUUGAAUUCAGAACAAGAAAAUGGCAAAAAAUAACAAAAGGAUGCUGCUGUAUUUAAUAUGCAUUUAUUCAUCUACCUAAUAUAAGGUAUUAUUUAUACAUAUUGUUUAUUAUGCAGAAAUGGGUGUUUUUGUAUAUAUAGCUCGUAUUUAUCAUUUUUAUCGCCAUCAAAUAUGUAAUAUUAUUUUAUUUCUUUAUUUAUGGCAUGUUC